UUUUCUUCUUCUCUGUGAAUUUAGGGUUUGUAGAUUCAGUAUCUUCGGUGUUGUAUUUUGAAUUUAGGGUUUUCUAUUGGUUUUUCUUUCUUCUGCUUCAUAACUCCGUGCAGAGUUCAUAAACCCGUGAGAGUUUUUGUCGAUUGAUGCUGGAUGUUGUUCUGGGGUUUUGAGGAUUCACACCACCAAUUGGUUUUCUGUAAGUGAUUUCGUUGCUCUGUAUAAGGAUUCGGUAUAGCAUAUUUGUGCAAAGGUUUUGUAUUUCGAUUUAGGGGUUUUGAGAUUUGGUUUCUUGUGUGAGUAAUUGAUGUUCCAGUAUUAUGGAUGUUUGAAUUUGAAGUUCAGGGUUAACAAUUUUAGUAAUUGUUUUGAUUUUGUGCUUUGUGAUUGAUUCAUCAUAUUUAGAGGGUGUAGAAACUCCAAUUGAUCUCGUCUUUGAGAGUGGUUGUUUUUCAGGUUGUUUCUUUGAGCAAUCAGUGUUUUGGGGUUCCCUGUACAAAAUUGAAGGCUUUGUUGUUGUAGCAGGGUUAUUGUUUGUUGUAUUUGGAUUCUGCAAUGGGGUUAUUGUUUGGUGUUGAUGAAUCCGGGGUUAAUUGUUUCUGUGUGUGUGACUAGUAGCAGCAGGAGGUAUUUUUAAGAGUUGCGUGUGUGUAGAAGCAGUAAUAGGGGGUUUUUGUUCAUCAUAGAGGAGUAUAAUGCUCUGAGUUUGAAGUUUGUUUGAAGUCUCCUGGCUGUUUAAUUAGUGUUUCAAUGAAUGGUCUUUUAAGGUUUCAAUUGGGAUUUUUACCUAAUUUGAACUCUUAACUUCCCAUUCCUUGAGUCCUAAUUGUCUUCUGGUUCUCUCUUUGGGUUGGAUUUUCGAAUUAAUUUGAUAUUCUCGCAAUCUUGUUGAGUUUCAGAGGUAGUGUUUGCCGUUUCUGUUGUUUAUUUUCUCUGUAUUAUUAUGCCAAGAGUUACUAGGUCUAGGUAUAGUCAGACACAAUGCUUACGUUCCAUCCCUCAAGGUUGUGUUAAUCAAACUGCAGAUGAGUCUCAUCUGUGCAGCAUUGAUGCAUCUGUAGAUUCACUUUCGGGAUCGUCUUCAUCGUCUCAGUUGGCAUCCACAUCAUCAUAUCCUCCCUCACCCCCAUCUCAACUCCCAUCAGCAUCAACCUUGCAGGGUGGUAAGGUUCCUUGCCUAUUCAAGGGGUAUGAUGGAUGUGGAGGUGGAGUAUGUGGAAGGGGUUAUGCUAAGAGUGUCGUCUAUCGCCAUAUAUCAGAUCAGCAUUUCCCCACAGAGAAGGAUAAAGAAACCUGCAGAGCAUGUAUACAGACUAAUCCUGAUUGAUUUGCUGCUUGGGAAAAGGUCUUACUUGACAUGCAGAUGUGGCUGUGCUUUAAAUGUCUUCACAUCCAUGCAUGGAAAAAGGCGUGUACUUCAAAAUUACAUAAGGCUGAUGUUAUUGCAGGUCCUUUUAACGGACAUGGUGAUGAGUUCCUGAUUCACGGUGUAUUGAAGCCACAGGCUGGUGGUGUGUCUGAUAAUGCAGUGGAAUCUGGUAGUUCUUAUGACAGUUCUGGUUUGAAUGAUGCAGUAGUUGGCUUGUCUUUGGACAUGCUUCAUACUGUUUUUCAGAGAAGAAUUACCAUCAUUUGAGGAGAGGUCUGGCACACGUAAGAAACUGCAAAUUGCUGCAAUCAAUCAGUCCUUGAAUGUAUGGAGAGAGCCAAAUGGAUGUGCAACCUUGGUUCACAACUUGCAGGGUCAGUCCAAGCCAUCUGCAGCCAUCCGCAAAACAUCCAAGAAGACGAAAAAGUUGUUGUACUCUCAGCUAUUAAGAGCUUCCCCAGAGGCACCUCAUGUGGGAGGGAUGGCCUUAGGGCGCAGCAUCUUCUAGAUGCAUUCAGUGGUACCGCGAUUGCAAUCUCAGAUGAGCUACUGCAUUCAAUCGUAGGUGUAGUCUACUUGUGGUAAAGUGGAGGAGGUGUGCGUCCAAUUGCAGUUGGAACUAUUUGGAGACGACUAUUUUCUAAAAUUUCCGCAACAUCAGCCUAUAAGCAGUUAGCUUCGUAUCUUGGGGACUUCCAGUUCGGUGUAAGAACUCCUUGCGGUGGCGAAGGCAUUCUGCACGUUGCCAACAGACUACUGGAGUUAAAAGGACAUUGUGCAACUCAGACUAUGUUGUUAAUUGACUUCAUAAAUGCUUUCAAUCUUGUCGACAUGUCAGUUAUGCUUAAAGAAGUCAAUUUUCAUUGUCCUAACAUCUAUAAAUGAGUUGAUUUUUGUUACUCACACCCUGCCAGACUUUACUACAAUGAGAAUACACUUUCUUCUGCGAAAGGGGUACAACAGGGAGACCCUCUCAGUCCCCUGCUUUUUGCACUAACGUUACACCCACUUGCCAUCAAGAUUGCAACUAGUUGUGCAUUGGAUUUUCACGCCUGGUACCUCGAUGACGGCACUAUCAGAGGCGAUACUCUGGAAGUAGCAAAGGCUUUGACAAUAUCCAAAGAGAGGGACCUGAGAGAGGCUUGGUUGUGAACAUUAACAAAACUGAGAUCUUUUGUCCUUCGCCUGAUCCCAGAAGCAACAUGGUAGGUGUUUUCCCUUCAACAAUUAGCAGGCUUGUGCUUGGAGUGAAAUUGCUGGGAGGGCCGGUCAGCCAGGAUCAACUAUAUUGUAACAAUAUGGUGGUUAGUAGGGUUGAGAAGACAGUUCACCUGAUGAGCAAAGUACGGAAGCUGAAUGACUCACAAUGUGAGUUAUUAUUAUUAUGCAACUGCAUUGGUGUUUCCAAGCUCUACUUCACGCUGCGUACUACUAACCCUAUGGCCAUCCAAUCUGUGACCUCUCUUUAUGAUCAACACUUAAUCCGUUACUUACGUCAGUUGGUUGUGGGAGAUGGCGCCGGCUUUGGUCCUGUGCAGCAACGAUUGGCCACCUUAUCUAUCAAGUCCGGCGGUUUUGGUGUUUACACUAUGAAAGAUACUGGAAAGUAUUGUUAUCUUGCCUUUUACGCACAAACUCUGCCCUUACAACAUAAUAUUUUAAAGCUUGAUUCUCCUUCAGAACUGAGCACUUGUUAUGAAUAUGCUUUGCAGACAUUUACACAGGCUUUUGGUACUACAGUUUCCAACUUCGAUAUCAGAGACGCUUCCCCCCAGUUUAUGAAGACCUGGGCAGCAAAAUACUUUGAUUUCGUCAAGGAAACCUUACCCUCAAGCUUUCCCUUGAAUGAAAGAGAAGUUAUCUUAUGGCAACACAACAGAGAGAAGCAUGCUAUGGACUUCUUAAAAGCCAUUCCUAUCGCCGGUUUAAAUCAAACUGUUGGGACGAGACAAUUUAGCGUCGUACUUCAAUACCGUUUAGGCAUACCCUUCUUUGAAUCUGAGAGCUCAUGUUCUGUCUGCAGACGGCCAAUGGACCAAUAUGGUGAUCACGCAAUACAUUGUGCAAGUGAAGUGGGUAUCAAAUUUAGGCAUGAUAUGGUUAGGGAUGGUUUUGCUGACAUAUGCUAUAAAGGUGGAGUUUCCGCAAGGAAAGAAGUUUCUUUGGGCUUCCUAACCAACAGUUCCAAAUCUGCGAAACCAGCAGACGUUUUGGUUUAUAAUUGGAUAGAUGGAAAGAUGUUUGCUUCGACGUCACAAGGGUCUCUCCAUUUACAAGUGUUAGAACUCGCUCUUUCACUCCCGGCCAUGCCAUUUCUGCUGUUGUAUCACGCAAGUUGCAUAAAUAUCAAGAAUUGUGCGCAAGGCAUGGUUAUGGCUUCCAGGUUUUAGCCUUUACUUCCUUGGGUGAACUAAGUGAAGACACUGUCAGUUUUCUAAAACGUUUAAGGAAUUGUUUUGUUAGAAAUGACGCCAAUUAUAAAAUUGGUAAUUCACUUUUUCAUAGAAUAGGUAUUAUUAUUAUUCAAAAAGAUGUCGGUACCCAGUUUGUUGCUAGGCUACCCACCAUUUCUUGUAACAUUGAUCUUCCCGGCUGGUGCAUUUAUUUAUUACUCUAAAAUUA